AGCGCUUCUGCUACAAAGUAUGGAACGACGCCUGCAGCAGCGGAGAGAACCACUGAAUCCCAGGCAGAGACGGAACGUCCUGGAGUGCGUGAACUCUCAACGACUGCGGAAAUGCCUGAGCUUGAGGCGAAAACCACAACAGAAGGAGCAAACUUGCGCGUAUCAACACUUCAUAUCCCGUCACCCCCAGAUAGUAGCGCUUCUGCUACAAAGUCAAUCGUCUUCCUACUGGAUGCUUCAUCUGCUGCUCUUGGAGAAGCAUGGAAGAAUAUGGUUGAACUAGUGGUAAGAACCGUGGGAGAAUUGAAGCAGCCGAGAGUGGCAGCUGUAGCUAUGAGCUGUCCGUCAGAAAUUCUCUUGCAAAUGGACACCUAUACUCCUAGUCAAUUGAGGAAGGACUUGCUGGCGUAUCAUCCUGCUGGAGGGGAGGUCGCUACAGCUCAAGCGUACGGUCUCGCAAGAGAUCUCCUCAAUGCGGAGACCGCUAAAGAUAAGAGUGUAGUCGUGUUCUCAAAUGGCCAAACUUCAACUUGUAACAUAUCUUCAGCUGGAAAUGAGGAUGAACGCGCUGUUGCAAAUAAGGUGAUUUAUGCACAACCUCUAAACGAUCGCAAAUCUUUGUUUGUUGAGUGCUGA